GGCGGGAGCUUUCAAAAAAUUAGGUUAGUUGUUUUGUUUAUGUUUUUGUACCAACUACCAAAGCAAAUCCUUUUCUGUUUCUGCGAUUCAAAUUUGAGUUUUGUCCACCUUGAAAAUGUUUUUUCAUUUUGUAGAAGAAUAUUAAAGGAACUGCAAAUUGUUUCAAGUUAAUGUCCCGUGCUAAAGUUUUCAAAUUAAUCAUGCAAUCACAAAGAAAAACUAGAAGUUCGAAAGUUAUUCCGGUAGUCAACAGUGAGGAAUCUAAGCCCACACUUGAUUUAUCACAAUUUAAAUCAAAACCAAAGAAAACUCUGCCUUCCUCUGUUAUCAAGCAACAAAUUAAAAAAGAAGAAGGGGAUAUUGAUAUUGAAAGUAAGCCGAGUACAUCAAAAACAGCUAAAGCUGAGCAAGUUGUUACCAAGAAAGAGAAAAUUAUUGAAAAUAAACCCAGCACAUCAAAAACAACUAAAACAAAACGAGAACAUAUCAAAGUUGAAUAUGACGAGGAAGUAACAGGAACUUCGCCUAAGAAAAUCUCAAAAUCUAUGCCCAACAAUUGGGAGAAAGUUCUAGAAAACUUGAGGCAGAUGCGUAAAAAUUUUGAUGCACCAGUAGACACCAUGGGCUGUGAUAAGUGUUCAGAUGAUGCAGCAAGUCCAGAAGUAAUAAGGUACCAAGCCCUCCUGUCUUUAAUGCUGAGUAGUCAAACUAAAGACCAAGUAACUCAUGCAGCAAUGCUGAGAUUAAGAGAACAUGGUUGUACUGUUGAUAAUAUUCUUGCUACAUCAGAUGAAGAUUUGGGAAAGCUGAUCAUUCCGGUAGGAUUUUGGAAAAGUAAAGUGAAAUAUAUCAAAAAAACUACAGAGAUAUUAAAGCAACAGUACAACGGUGAUGUACCCCGUACUGUGGAAGAUUUAUGUAAACUUUCGGGGGUUGGCCCAAAAAUGGCACAUCUGUGCAUGAAAACUGCCUGGGGACAAAUUACAGGGAUUGGUGUUGAUACUCAUGUUCACAGAAUUUCCAAUAGGCUUGGCUGGGUUAAUUCAAAAACUCCCGAAGAAACCAGGAAGGCUUUGGAAGGUUGGCUUCCGUUCGAUCUGUGGAGCGAAGUUAAUCAUUUAUUAGUGGGUUUUGGACAGCAAGUUUGUUUGCCGAUUAAACCGCAAUGUUUGUCUUGUCUUAAUCGGGAUUUGUGUCCUUAUGGCAAAAAAAUAAAGAAGUAGUAAUAAGUAAACUUGAUUACAGAUUUAUUAUUUUUCUUCUCUGUUUUAAUGGAAUAUAUUAUUGUUCUGUUCUUAUAAUUAUUAUUAUUUCUGGAAUUAUUCUCACCUAGAAAAAGGAUAA